UGUAGUUUCACUUUUCCUCCGUGUCUUGUAAAGUGUGACGGUCUUUUGAAAGGUAGCGAGAAAUCGCCGUGAAACUUUUGUAAGCACUGACCGUGUGUCUCCCAGCAGAUGGCAGAGCCGGGCAGGACUGUGAGGGUGAGCGGUCUGCCCAAAGACAUUGAGGAUGAGAGGAUGAAAGACAAGCUAUAUAUCCACUUCCUUAGGGCCAAGAAUGGAGGAGGGGAAAUAGACUCUGUCACCAUUGUAAAAGCAACGCCUGUCUCUGCCCUCAUCACCUUCGAGGACAGCGGAGUGGCACAGAGCGUUAUUCAACACGGCCGGCAUAUUCUGGAAGUGGAUGGGAAGAAGUGUGAAGUCGUUGUAACUGAGCACCGUGAAAGCCUGGACCCAGACAAGGUCAUCUUAAGUUUAUCAGCAACUGUUGACCACAUCCAGCUUCCUGGGGGAUUAACAGCAUUGACAAGCCUUCUUAAGAGCCACCCUGAUAUCCAGAUGAGCUACGAUGCUACUGAGGAAUUGUGCACAUUGCAUGGCGCCUAUUCUAAAGUCCAGGCUGCUUUGGCACAAGUACUGGGCCAUCUUGGACCUGGAGACCCACAAUCAGCAGAAAACAAAGACUCAGGUCAACUGACCACCAGUGGCUCAAGGUCUCUCCAAAUAGCACAAAAGCCGCAUACUCAGGAGUCUGAGGAUCAGAGCAAGAAACCUAAUAUGCAAAGAGAGAAAGUUCACAGUGACAGGCUUUUUGAUGAUUGCAACUCCAGCUCAUAUAGAGACCUGACACCUGGUGGUUAUAGCUGGGAAGAUACUGGCCAGACAGAGGAUGCAGCUCUGCAGCCUCCUGGGCACCCAACCCCGUCAGAGGAGGACUUCUCACUAAUUGUGGAUGCAGACAUGUUCCAGUAUUUGCAUAAACACUGCAGGAAGGAAUACCAACAUAUCCUGAGUCAGUAUGGCGUUGAAGUGGUGGAUAUGACAAAUCAGGGAUUGACUACUCUGUUUUUGCAGGUUGCUACAAGAGAGGGGGAGGGUGUUCAAGAUCAGGAGUGCCUGAAGUUGGCAAGAAAGGCAAUAAGCAGGCUAUAUCAGGAGAAUGAGACCAAAAUAUGUCGAAACCAGCUCCCCAAGAAUAUCCUGUCCCUCAGGGGCGGACUGCAAAGGGCAAUGGAGAACCUAAGUAUCAGAUUUCCCAAGCUUCUUCUGAAUGAAGAUGAGCAAAAUAUUUAUGUUAUUGGUAGCAGAAGUGAUGUGUCUGAGGCCAAGCAGUUUCUUCUCUUGGACCACAGUGUACUGCGAGGUAAAAAAGAGGAUGUAGCCAGUUGUCUUAGAUAUCCUUUAUAUGAUUUAAGUUCAUCAACCAAUGCUGAUGAGCAGAGAGUCCCCCUCACCAUGUCCACCACUGUGGAUGAUCUGGAUGAUCAGCAGCUGAUAUCAGAGGAGGAUGAGAGGAGAGCUGAAGGAGCCAGAAAGUAUAAACUAGCUGCUCGGUUUAAGGAUUCAGGCCUGGCCGCUUUAGGCAACCGACCAACUGACUUCACCUUACGAGGGCAUUUAUCUCCCAGCAGACAAACACGCCUUGGGCCAAUGUCGGGGCAUGAUGUUCUGUCAGAAACACUAGGGAUUACUGGUGAAAGUGUCUCCAGAGCAUUAGCCCAAAACACUGGUGGGGACAUCUUGUUUAAAAGUGAAGAUGCUUUGCUGUCAAGUGCUUCCACACAGAAUAAAACCUCCUCGAACUCACAUUUACUUGAUACUCGACCCAAGAGUUUAACAUCCCCCCUUAGCACGGCUCAGUCCAGUUUGCCAGGAAAUACUCUACUUCCACCUGCUGGGUCUGGAUCUGCCUUGAAGCGAGCCAGUAGUUUCUCAGGGACACCUCAGCAAAAAGCCCAAGUCAUAAGUCCAAAGAGUCAAGACGACUGCAGCAAGUCAACAGUUAGAGCCAGGGGCAGAUCCUCUAGCUUCAGUAGCCAAACAGGGAGGGAAAAGCGGGAAGUCUACAAAGCAGAGAUUAAAGUCCCCACUAUGCAGUGGAAGCACAUAAAAGAGGCAUAUAGCACCCGAGUGGAUGACCUGACUUCUGAUGUCCAGGUGAAAGAGAGCAGCUCGGUUGAUUGCGUUGAUCUGACUGUCACCUUAAGAGGGGCAAGCUCAUCCAAAGUGAGUUCAUGUCAGCUGGGUUUACAGAGGCUGGCUGAUUCAGUUAGUGCAGAUUUCACUGUGCACCGACUGCGCUUGUCAGAGCUGGGCAUCACUGACCCAGCUGAUGAAACCUUACAGGUUUGUUGUGCUGAUGUGCGGAGCCGGUUCAAGAAGGUUAGCACUCAGAUUUAUAAAAAGAGCUUAUAUCUUUUUGGCCCAAAAGUGUUGUGUUCUCAGGUUGGUGCUGCACUGCGGGAGGUAUUUUCCGGAGAUCUGGCCAAAACACCUGAACGACAGGACCUCCCUGGCCCCUCUACCUCCAAUCAAAGUCCAUCUACAUUUUCACACAUGAAUGAGGACCAAAGUAGUAGCCUGCAGGGUUACAGUAAUCCUCAGGUGAUGCUAGACCACCAAACAGGCAAAGCUAAUGGGACUGAUGGUAGUCAGGAUAGGAGAACAAACCAGAGAGAGACAGAGCUUGUGAAUGGAUCUGUUGGCCAACGAUUGGUGAGGAAAGACCCUGUCAUUAAAGAGAAAGUUAAAAUUGUGGGUACUGUGGAAAUGGAUGGACAGACAGCUGAGACAACUGUCAAUAACUCUAAAGCAGGGGAUGACAAAAGUACAAGACAAGUGAAUGAUGUCGGAUCAACAACCUCUACUGAUAAAGGCUUGGCCUCUCAUAAGAAAGAGAGAACCAUCCCUCCUUCCCAAAAGGACAGAAGGCCUACAGAGAUCCAGGACAACCCAGACGAUUCCAGAUCAGGUCAGGGAGGCCCUGGGUGCAUCUGUGUGUGUGGGGAGUCCGAGAAGUUGAUGAAAACAAAGUGUGGUGCUAAUAUGUGUCCGAAGUGCUUGGAAACUGUACAUGUCCACUGCAGAGUUUGUCACGAGACAGAGUCAAUGACACCGGGCAUCCAUGGCAAAAUGAGCUACUGUAAACUCCACAAUAUUAACCUGCCGGGUCAGAAAAAAGACUCAGCUAUCAAGAUCACUUACAUCAUUCCUGAUGGCAUCCAAGGGGAGGAUCACCCCUUUCCAGGAAAACCAUUUCAUGGAGGGGUGUUUGAGGCCUUCCUUCCUGACAGCGAGAACACAAAGAAGCUGCUGCCCAGGCUGGAAAAGGCCUUUAAACAGGGAUUCACCUUCACAUUGACAGUUAAAGAGAAAAAAGCCAAUGUCAUCUGGGACUGCAUCCCACACAAGACCAGCCUACAAGGAGGCAAAUCAGGGAACGGUUACCCAGAUUCCACUUACUUGACUCGCUUGUCUGAGGUCUUGACUUCCAAGGGGAUUGAGGAGUCACCAGCCAAAUCUUAGGACUAAAAUCAAUUAGGAGUUUUUGUGCAGUUUUACUUUUUUUUGUUGUCUUUUGUUUUUGUUUUUGUUUUUCUUUUGUUUGGAGUCAUUUGCACUAUUUUUUUAUGGCAGUUAGCUUAUAUUGAUAUAUUUGAGCAUGUCAGAUGAUGUAAAUAGAGAAUUAAAUAUUUUUCUGAUUAUAGAGUACAGAAAUCUUAAUACUAUAACUCGUUGCAGCUAUUUUUGAUUUCCUAAUGUUAUAACCUGCCUUAGUGUUGCUUUCUUUAACCCAUUCACAACCCAAAUAUGUUCCAAACA